GGCAGCCCCGGCCGGGAGAGCAGCGGUCGGGGGCAUCAGACUCUGCAGACAAUGCCCAGCAGAGCCCCGGCCACCAGGACAGGUCUGUGAUACUUCCUGUCAGCAAAGACAGCUCACACAAGGAGUUUACAAUGUCAAGCAACAUUUCUGAAUGUCAUCUCUAUGAAGAAAUGGAACCUUUUACCUAUUUUUACUAUUUGAUUUUUCUUUUGGGAAUUAUUGGAAGCUGUUUUGCACUGUGGGCAUUCACACAGAAGGACCAGAAACAGAAGUGUAUGAGCAUCUACUUAAUCAACCUCCUCACUGCAGAUUUCUUGCUGACUCUGACACUGCCAGUGAAGAUUAUUGUUGACCUAGGAAUUGCAUCCUGGAAUCUGAGAAUAUUCCACUGCCAAGUCACGGCCUGCUUCAUCUACCUGAACAUGUAUUUAUCAAUCAUAUUUUUGGGAUUGGUGAGCAUGGAUUGCUGCCUGCAGCUGAUGCGCAGCUCCAAGAUCUACCGCAUCCAGGAGCCUGGCUUUGCCAAGACGCUGUCUGCGGUCGUGUGGGCCAUGGUUCUCUUCAUCACGGUGCCUAACAUGGCUAUUCCCAUAAAACACAUCGAGGAGAGACCCGGAGCUGGAUGCAUUGAUUUCAAAACGAAACUUGGGAGAGACUGGCACGUGUUCACUAAUUUCAUCUGCACGGCAAUAUUCCUGAACUCCUCGGCUGUCGUCCUGGUCUCCAACUGCCUCGCGGUGAGGCAGCUGCGGCGGCACCGGCGCGGCGAGCGCGGCGGGCGCGCACGGCGGGCGCUGGCACACGUCCUGCUGGUGACGGCCACCUACCUGCUGUGCUUCGUGCCCUUCCACGCCGUGCGCGUGCCCUACACGCUGAGCCAGGGCGACGCCAGCGCCAGCUGCCGCCUCCGACGGGCUCUCUUCAAGGCCAAGGAGUGCACCUUGCUGUUGGCGGUCUCCAACCUCUGCUUCGACCCGUUCUCUACUACCACCUUUCCAGGGCGUUCCGACUGA